AUGGACCAUUCGGCUGACCCGCAUACGCGCUGGACAUCUCUCGACGAUGCUCACAUACAACAUAAAGACGUACAGGAAACACUUGGCCUCAUCGAAGAUGACCUGUGGGUUGCUGCCGCAUGUGCUGACCGUCUCGUAGACGACGUCAACUUGCAGCGUUCCCUCCUUGACCUAGGCAUACAACGAACCAAUAAAGCAGUAGAAAGGAGCAAGCAGGCACAAAUUACUGAGGGCACAGCUGGAACUGGCGACGACUCUGGUCACACUUCUGCACAGAAUACUUUAAGAACUUACUUCCAAAGGGUACCCACCGAUGCAAAACUCUGUUACCUACGUGUACUCCUGCUAGAGCGGUUGGACAGACUGAACACGUUCGUUGAGGUCUGCAAGUCACUCCCUGCCAGAGAUGAUGGUGACGAAAUAGAUGCGGAGUGGGAAGAUGACCCGUGGGGGGCCGAAGAGGUAGCUUCAUCUACUUCCCAGCAUCGUCCUAUAGAUUCCCCCAUCCCACUUUCCGAGUUUUUAGUGGAUGACCUCUUGGAGAUUGCAUGUUUCUUUGCAACACAAGAGUACUUCGACGCCCUUCGCACUCUCUUUGACUACCACACUUCAAGCAUAUGGCCUUCACGCUUUGCUCUUUUAGACCAUGUGCCCCUUCACGCCCAUCCCGUCGACUUCCGUGACCUUCUUCCCGCAUAUAACCCUGACGCAGAAGCGGAAUCUUCGCGUGAGGACAAGCAAUGGAGAGCAGAUGCGGAAUGGGUUUUCCGACCUGAUGUUAGGUCGGUAUUGCAUAUCCUUGACUUCAUCGAAGAAACUAGUGUCGACAAUCCGAGUACGCCUUCUCAUGCACGGAUACAUUCUCAACCUCUGAGUCUCCUGGAGCUGGUGGACUGGUACAAGGACCGCGUCAUGCGCGUAAUGACAUCCACGGGCCUCGUCGACGUGGCGCUAGCCACCAUCCAGCAUGGUACGGCACUUGCCGUGACAGGGCUGGAUGAACUUGCAGAGGAGCUCAGUCUCUUCUCUCGCCUCAUUUAUGACACAACCCAGUCUGAGGAAUUCGAUGAUGAGUGGACCUUCUCUCAAUGGCAGAGACUGCUACCAGGUGAAAUUGUCUCAGCCUAUCUCUCGCAUACGACGUCUGCCAAUGUCGCUCAGGACAUACGACAUAUCGUCAUGCCCUACCUUUUCGUUCUGGAAUCUCGAGCGGAACGUGCCAGGAAACCUGAUUCCGAGCUUCCCACACGACUAUUAUAUCAAUAUGUCCUCUCAUCCCCUCUGCACAUACUAGCACCCAUAAUGGAAGCCUCAAAGCCCACAUUGCCCGCUGCUCAACGUCUUAUUCGUAACGACGAAGACAUGGUCAGACUAGCUCUCGCAUCGCUGUACGGGAGCGAAAGCCGAGGUGCCUGGCCCACAAUGAGCCAAGUCUUUGAAUGUCUUCCUGCGUGGGACGUCACGUCUGAAGGGGAUGACAAACAUGAUGAGGCAGAGGCAAUGUUUACCUCGUUCAAGUCCUUCCUCACCCUAUCUACUGGGAGUGCGGCAUGUUCCUCUGCAGAUUUGUAUAUCUUCUUUAGACCAUUGCCUAUCUCUUCUCUAUCCCGCGCACUUGAUGUCCUCGAUGUGCAUCUGGAAGCAGGAGAGAUCCUUGGUCGCUGGGGUGUCUCGCCUCCUUUGCAGUGGUUCCUCCAUCAUUACAACGAUGAUGUAGAACAGCGAUCAUUAGCGAACAAGCUAGUUCGCCGCCAGGGCUCUUCGAGAGCGGAUGACAAAGACCAGCAUAAGUGGGAGAGCGUGUUAGUAGACAUGUUGAAGUUGACGGAGACGAGUGAGUCUGGGAUACGUGGCGUUUUUGGGUCAUUGUCGCCCAGAGAAGUGUCCUCAAUAUUCUUUGCUGGGCUUCUCAGUACCGGAAAAUUCGACAUUGCUAGACAUUUCUUAGUGUAUCAGCGAAGUAGACUCGCAUUCGAGGACGAUGCAGUGGAGGAUCUAUGCCUUAAUGCCUCAAGGGAAUUCUAUGACAACUCUAGUUCUGGAAAUUACAAGUUUGGAGAUAUGAAGCUGGCAUAUGACUGUCUGAGGGUCCCAAAUACGUCUGAACGAUUGGUUGCCGAGAGAGAAUUCAUUGAAGCUACAUCCCGACUAUGUUCCUUCAAUAUCUUGUCCCGCUCUGGGUUACCCAUCACUCCCAUCGAAAUCAGGCUCACAAAGGAUCGACUUUUACUCAUUUCUCGUGUACUCUCAAGUAACCCCGACUCCUACCGCCACGUCGACGUUAUCCUUGAACUUCUUUGGAAGCUCGGGUUUCGGGGCGAUGUCGUUGCCGAGGUCAAGACACUUGCAAUGCUCGCGGACACCGCACUUCAAGCGGAAGAUUUCGAGCGUGCUCGAGAGCUCAACGAACGCAUGGUGCAAACCGUCCUUAACCUUCGUGCGGCAGAUCCAAGUGGCGCAGAGGACCCAGUAGUCCAGCAGGCAAGCGAAGUUUGCUGGGUUGCAUGCUUCCAGCUUGGCCGUCAGCCCGAGUUUGAUGACAGCGAUGCUAAGCUAGCUCUCCUCGGCCGCGCUCUUGAACUUUGUCCACCAGAUAAGCUGCAUGAUGUGCUCUUGUCAUGGCGUCGGCUGGAAAAGGAAGACGUGGAAACUCGACGGGACCGUUUAGCCAGCCGGACCUCCACUGCGCGGACACGCAAGGCUAGUGCUUUGAACGGCGGGCUUUCCUUGCAGGAACGGCUGCGCAACAUCCAAAUCCCUUCAACACCGUUGAUAAAUGCGGAAGACGCCGUCGACCUCGCAAGCAGGACCUUCAGUCGUGUUGCCUCCAAUUUCCCGUUCUCCGUCACCGGUGGGCGACAUGCCGCGACGCCCAGUUCAAGUUCUUCAGAUUAUCAGGGCGCCUUUGAUCAGGCUCAGGCAAGUCGCAUGCUUCAGAAAGGCAUGGGAUGGUUACUUGGUGCGGAUGAGUAAAGCACUGUAGUGCCCAGUUUUAGUCAAAGACCUGAUCUUGUAUUUAUGAUGUCACAUAUGCAGACAUUACUGCACUGCACUAUAUAUAUUCUUCAUGAAGAAACGAAAAAAAUGAGCGGACACGGGGACAAGGACCCGAUCGUAGGCUGGUAAAAGAAUGACCACAGUCACACAGAGAGUAUUACAUGAACAGCAAUAGUGAUGAUACGAACAAGGCAAGUGCUCCGAGACAAAACUAGAUAACGAGUGUAAGAUAGUAGAACAACACCAAACAAAAACAAUACAUAACGAAGGGAGAGGAGAUAUGGCCAGCAAGGAAUAUAAAAAGGAAUGACAAGAGUGGGAUCAUGGUUGUGGUGUAGUAGUUAAGGGAUCGUCGAUCACUGCCGACCCGCAAAGCGGGCAGUGUUACAGUCUCCUGUUAUUGCUCGUGGUCGAUUGACGACUCCAGCCUUCUUCGAGUAUUCUUCAGGCUGCAGACCGCUAUUAUCCGACCCCCUCCCACAGUGCUCACAGUAUCCCUGGUCGAGACUGCGGAGGGCAUCGACUUCGGCUUGAAGCUCCCGGACGUGGCUCUCCAGCUCCAUUUUCUGCUGCUGCCACGCACGCUUCGCGGACACGAUCUGUUCCUGCAAGGCCUUGACCACAGAUUUUUCACCAAUAGCGGACGUCGUGAACUGAUCGUCGCCGCCGCUUGGAGUGACCAGCGACAUCGUCGUGCCUGAGCUUUGGGCUGUACUGGGUGUAUCGAGGUCGAACUCCUGCUCGGUGGCCUCAGGGCUGCUUACUAUGCUAGCGAAGUGAGAGCUGAAAGAAGCGGAGACGGGCCGCAGUCUCAACGACGGAAAGUCUACCGUUCCCGGAGGGGCGCUCUGCGGAGCACUUUGUGAACUUGGCACGGCGAGCAUCGAGCUUGAAGGCUGAAUAGAGGACGUUUGAGAUCGACUGACUGAAUCUAGGCCGACGGCAGCAGAAGCCGUGUUGAUAUACAACGAUGGCGUGCUAUGCUUGCGGGACGGGCUGUUAUUGCGUCGCUCGGACAGUUCGUGGUCAUCUAAAUCGUCUGAGCGAGACAAAUCGGAAGGCAGGGUGGGCGACAAAGGGGGAACAGGUACCCUAGGUAGAACAAGCCGGGUGCUCUUGGGUAUGUUGCCCCGCUGGCUCUCUUGCUCGGGGCGAAGGUUUGUUGGAUAUGGUACCGGAGGUGGAGGAAUACCCUUGUCCUUUUCCCGGCCAUUGAACAAACGCAUGAAACCACUCUUUUUGUGCUUCAAUCCCCGAGCAUCUCCAGCCUGUGCAAUGGCUACUGCAGGCUCGGACUCACGACGUUCCAUACUAACAGGCAUAGGAGGGCUGGCAGGCGAAAGACGGGGUUUGUUACGCGCCCCUGCACUAGUCGAGCGAGCGCGAGUCCGUGCAUCAUCUGAGCUGUGAGAGCUUGCGAUACCAUACGACGUGCCUGCGCCGUCGUCUUCUUCCGAUAGAUGUGAUCGAGAAUGAACAAUUGUAUUGGUGGGGUUGGCACUCCGAGCUCGUUCUCUAGCUUGAGCUUCCUCUAGGGAAAUGAGAGUCACCGUCGGUGACAUAGGUUGUGACCAGUCCGAGAACCCUUUGGCAGGCGUUGGGUAGAUUGACAACUUCGUGCUCCUAGUCUGUGACCCUUUGACAACACUCGGGUCAUUGGUGUGAACGACAGAGAUUGGCCCAGAUAUGUUUCUUGCUUGUACGCGAAGGUUGCUCGAGGAGGGUAGUAGCGAGGAAGAAGAUGUGUCAGCUGUUGCAGCAGAGAAGACUGCAGAACGGGACGAGCUCGUCGUAUCUGUGACAGUAGCAAUGGAGUCACUCCUAAACAUCGAUCCUACGGGCCCUGCAGAGGAGGUUUCGUAGGUUGGAUAGUCUGGAUGGCGAGAGACUAGGUCGGGAUGAGCGUAAGGAUGGACAAAAGCUUCCUGCGUUGCGUCGUCUUGAGAGGAGUAUUGAGAAGAAGGUGUGGCACUUCGCGCUGCAGGAGAUCGGUUCCUGUCAGAGAGAGGCGAAGGAAGGGUAUCAUCUCCGGUCGUCAGAUUCAUGUGAAUAGGGGCACCGUGGCCAAGGCCGGGGCUAGUAGCAGGUCGCGAAGACUCCUGUGUUCGGCGACGGUUGGGAUCAGUUGAGACAGGGGCGUAAUGACGGGUGCGGUGCGGAAAUUGCGAUUGGUACGAGCUUGCAGAAGGAGGAAGCGCGAGAGAGCCCGAUGACAUGCCACCCUGGGGCAUGUUGAAAAUGGACCUGUGUGGCGACUGAUUUGAGUGGCCCGCCUCCAGGGAGCGUUUGUCAGGAUGGGAACGACUUGAUUCGUGGCUCGUACGAUUGACCACAGCAAUGCCGCGACCAAAGGUACGUUUGAUAGCGUCAGUCUUGUCGCUUUUCCCCUUGUUGAACUUGCCGAACAUUCCCGAGGUGGUAGACUGGUCCGUACCAUCCUCGUCCUCGACGAUGGAAUCUUCACCCGUCUCCCAGGGAGCCUUAGAGUGAAACCUUAUCUUGGGACCGUUGAGACUCAUCCUGUGGUCUGAAACGUCCUCAUCCACAGUUGACGCUUCAUCUGUGUCGGUAAGCGCACUGUGCAUGGAGUCGGGAGGGGGCGCUGAAUCGUCGGGGAAGCCGAGUGAGCUGGCGGCUGGGCCGAAACUGUCGCAAUAAGUGGAUGGCCUCGAGGCGAAAUCUUGGGGAGAAGGACGGCCGUCAUAGUAAGACUGGGGUGGGUGCGGAGACGUGUAAGCGUGACUGUAAACCGAAGGAGAGUCCGAGAAGGACUCGGUCGGGGAUGGAGAACGAGUGUGGCGGGACCAGUCGCUUAGAUCUGUGUUGUGGGGUCGCAUGCUGUGGUCAAUUGGCCGGUCGAACGGUCCAUGAAACGAUUCCGCGUCGAGCGGGCUCAUCGACGGCGGCGGCG